ACCGGCUGGUGUUUGUGUUUUUGUCGGCUUGUCGGACGCUGCCUCGUGGGGUUGUUUGGACUCGCUCUCUCGCGGCGUUGAAGGCAAACAGCGGGGAUAUUUUUUUUUUAAGAUUAUUUCGUUUUCAAUGUCAGUUGUUGCGUGACAGCUCCAGGCGCGGCGCCAGCUUGCAAUGAUAGAGACUGAUUUUUUUUUUUUUUUAGUUUAUUUUUCGCUUUUUUUGUUGAAGCAACGUGAAUCGCUUUACCCAUCGCGAAUGUAGCGAGGAGGAAACGAGGACAUUAAGAGCAUUAAAUCUCUGGAGUUAAAUGGGCAGUUUUCGGUAGCGAGCUUAGUUAGCCUGCUAGCUAGCUAUAUGGGCUGUUCUCGGUUGUAUAACAACAACACCUGUGGCGUUAAAAGGUCAGGUGUGGUGUGAAGUGUCGUCAGAGCCUGUAAAGAAGACCUGAGUUUAAAUAGGCCACUCUACGUGUGACAUUCCAGCUGAGGCAGGUUCUGGUCAACCUCUGUGUGUUUUCCUUGUGGUCCGCUGUCCUCUCGUGACCCCAAUGACCUCAUUGCCUCAUUUGACCCUGGAGUCAGCAACAGCCCCGAACCCACUCUGCGACAUGUGAGAGAUAAAAGAAGUCUGGAGUUUUCAAAAGCUGCGGCGGGGUGCUUUUCCAAAUGCCUACCUCACGCCUAAAGAACAAAAUCCUGCAGCCACAGCCCUGAUCAGCAGCCACCAUGUCAUCAAACAUAGGGGAUGAUUGUUGCAGCCUCACUGAUGGGUUGAUAGAAGAAGAUGAAAAGGACAAGGCGAAACGCGUGUCCCGCAACAAAUCAGAGAAGAAAAGGAGAGACCAGUUCAAUGUCCUCAUCAAAGAGCUUGGCACCAUGUUGCCAGGCAACACUAGAAAGAUGGACAAGUCCACCAUCCUGCAGAAAAGCAUAGACUUCCUGUGUAAACACAAAGAGAUUGCAGCCCAGUCGGAAUCGAGCGAGAUCAGGCAGGACUGGAAGCCCCCCUUUCUUAGCAAUGAAGAAUUCACACAGCUCAUGUUGGAGGCUUUGGAUGGAUUCUUUAUAGCAAUAAUGACCGACGGGAACAUCCUUUAUGUCUCUGAGAGCGUCACCUCUUUACUAGAACACCUGCCAGCGGACUUAGUGGAUCAGAACUUGUUAAACUUUCUACCUGUUGGGGAACACUCCGAAGUGUACAAGGCUCUGUCGACACACCCAGUGGAACUGGAGAGCAUCAGUAGUGAUUACAUGAAAACUAAGAAUCAUCUAGAGUUCUGCUGCCAUAUGUUGCGAGGGGCCAUUGACCCUAAGGAGCCCCCCAUCUAUGAAUAUGUUAAGUUUAUCGGCAACUUCAAAUCCCUCAAUAACGUUCCAAACAUUACGAGGAACGGUCUGGCAGGAGUGUUACAGCGGUCACUGCAGCCUGCCUUCGAUGACCAGGUCUGCUUUGUAGCCACUGUUCGCUUGGCCAAACCUCAGUUCAUUAAGGAAAUGUGCACAGUUGAGGAGCCAAAUGAAGAAUUUACCUCAAGGCACAGUCUGGAAUGGAAAUUCCUCUUCUUAGACCACAGAGCUCCACCAAUAAUUGGCUACCUGCCUUUUGAGGUCCUGGGAACAUCAGGGUAUGACUACUACCAUGUUGAUGACCUGGAGACACUCGCCAAAUGUCAUGAACACUUGAUGCAGUACGGAAAAGGAAAGUCGUGCUACUAUCGUUUCCUGACCAAAGGUCAACAGUGGAUCUGGCUGCAGACCCACUACUACAUCACCUAUCAUCAGUGGAACUCCAGACCUGAGUUCAUUGUUUGCACACACACGGUGGUCAGCUAUGCUGAGGUAAGAGCGGAACAGCGCAGAGAGCUUGGAAUUGAAGAGUCCAAUCCAGAGGCAGCUGCUGAUAAAAGUCAGGACUCUGGCUCGGAGUCACAGCUGAACACGUCCAGCUUGAAGGAAGCCCUGGAACGGUUUGACCACAGCCGAACGCCGUCAACGUCCUCGCGAAGCUCCCGGAAGUCCUCGUCUCAUGUCUCGGACAUCACUUGCACUUCAACAGCUCCAAAGCUACACAUGGACAUGGCCACGCCUCCUCGGCAGUCCCUGGCCUCCAACGUGGAGAUGACAUCUCAGAGACGCUCAUCCAUCAGCAGCCAGUCUAUGAGUUCUCAGACCACAGGGCAGAGUUUAAAUCCUGGUCUGAUCACACAGCAUCAACAGCAGCAGCAGCAGCAGCAGCAGCAACAGCAACAGCAGCAGCAGCAGCAACAUCAGACAAAUUUACAGCCGGUGAUGGAGUUCUCAGCACAGGUGAAUGCCAUGCAGCACCUGAAGGAUCAGCUGGAGCAGAGAACACGAAUGAUCCAGGCCAACAUCCAGCGGCAGCAGGAGGAGCUGAGGCACAUCCAGGACCAGCUGCAGAGAGUCCAGGGACAGGGCAUACAGAUGUUGCUGCAACAGCAGCAACAGCAGGGUGGAGCGAUGAACGUACAGCUCCCACAGGGGGGGUCGGUCCAGCAAGCAGCUACUUUGACUGGUCAGGUCCAGCAACCCUCAGUUAAUCUCCUUCAUUCUGGAUCUCAGCAGCUCACCAUUCAGCAGCAAGCUCCUCCUCCUCCUCCUCCUACUCAGCAGAGCUUACAGCAGCAGACCAACACACUCACACAGCGUCAGCCACAGCAAGCUGCUCAGACCCAGCCUCAGGCCCAGGGAUCCGUUUCUGCUCCGCUGUACAACACCAUGAUGAUUUCUCAGCCAGGACAGCCAAAUGUGCUGCAGAUCAGCACCAGCCUCCCGCAGAACAACACGCAGCAGGGCACUGCUGUAGCUACCUUCACACAGGACCGGCAGAUCCGAUUCCCAGCAGGGCAGCAGCUAGUAACCAAGCUUGUGACUACUCCCAUGCAUGCAUGUGGUGCUGUGAUGGUGCCCACCUCUAUGUUUAUGGGGCAGGUUGUUACAGCCUACAACCCCUUUGGCGGCCAGCAGCAGGGGGGGCAGACCCAGACCCUGACUCUACAACCUGCCCAAUCAACUCAGUGUCAGCCUGACAGCCAAAACCAAGCAGCUGUAGUGGCACAAAACAGCCAGCAGGGGCAGCAGCAACAGCAGUUCCUGCAGGGCACUCGUCUCCUUCACAAUAAUCAGUCUACCCAGCUGAUUCUGCAGGCAGCGUUUCCUCUCCAGCAGCAGGGCGCUUUCACCCAGGCAACUCUUCAACAGCAACAACAGCAGCAACAUCAGCAGCAGCAACAACAUCAACAACAACAGCAGCAGCAGCAACAUCAACAACAACAACAGCAACAACAACAGCAACAGCAGCAGCAGCAGCAGCAACAACAACAGCAGCAGCAGCAAAGGCAACAAAAGCAACAACAAUCUCACCAUCAGAGGCACCAGCAGCAGCUAAAACCACAGCCGCAGAAACAGCAGAAAGCCUCGUCGUCACACAGGACUGACAGUGUCAACCAGCAGCAAUGACUCCUGGAUGGAAGCUGUAGAAACUGCUGUAUGUGUCUGUGAAGGUCUCCUGGAUGUCACAGACCUCACCUACCCUCCAAAAAAGCGACAGCCUUCCCCUCCUUGAUUAAAAAGCUAUUAUAUCUAGGAGAGUAAAAGCUCUGAGUUCAUAAGGAACUCAGAAAUAGCCGUCACAGAAGCUUAAGGCCGGAGGAAGUUCAAGUCAAGAGGGAGCUCCAGUCUUCAGGGAGACUUUGAAAGAAAAAAAAAUAAUACACCUUACGCUGACGAUAAUUGACUUUUUUUAGUGAAAGAGUCUCAUAGUGGACUGACUGUGUACAGAUUUACUGUAUGAUACAAAGAAAACCUGUAAAUAUCCAAGUAUAGCCUAACAGAAAACAGAACUAUAGUAUUUUAUAUGACUGCAUGAAAAGAAUAACUGUGUAAGCUUUUUUUUUAGUUGCUUUUGGAAACAGAAUUUUUACUUUUUCGUGGUUUCUGGUUAAACACAGAGCAACGAUGUGCUCUCUAAGACCCCCUCCCCUUUCUCUUAAAAAGAAGAAAUAUAGUCCAGAACAAGGCUUUAAAGUCUUUUGGUGUGUUUAAAAAAAAUGAAAAGAAAAAUAGGAUGAAUCGGGCUUGGGUGUUUUUUUUUUUUGUUAUUCUUUUUGUAGAAGCUGCUUUUAAACACUGUGUCUCCAGGACAAAAAUGGAUCCUUUUACCUUUGUAUUUACAGAUUAUGUUUGACAAGAAGCUAGAAGAAAAAAGAUUACAGUCUAACUGAAUUAUUUGCAGGAUGAUUACUGUACGUAUAACGGGUUUAGUGAUUCCAAGUGCCAAUUACAUAGUGAAGUUUUUUUUAAAUACGAUAUUCAAAGCCGUAUAUAUAAAUGAAUAUAUUUUCCAAAAAAAGAUAUUACCCCUAAUAACAAAAUUCUUGCAUUUGUAUAUAGUAGGAAUUAUUUUUUACCAGUCAAAGAGCCCUAUGCGUGACACGGUAUAUCCUCAACCUCCCGACAACUUCAGCACUUAAUGUGGUUGUGUAAAGAAAUAUCACUGUUAAAUCCUUUUUUUUUUUUUUUAUUGUAAUUUGUGGUGUGAUUCCAUGAGAUAAUGUGCGUUUUUGAUAAUCCUCAUCUGCAUGGCUCAGAGCGAGCGCAUCAUGUAGUGGGCGUGUUUGUUGGGCCCUCCUGUCUUACGAUAUUGAACUUAGUAAGGGUUUGAAGUUGUUGGAUGGUACUUGUCCUCUCAGGAAUGUGGAAAGUAGUUUCAUUUUUGUUUUGUUUUUUUCUAAGCUUCUGCCUCAGUCUGGAACCAGACCAGGAAGGAUUAGACAUCGAUGCGUCACAGACCAGAGGAACUAGUGUUAUGAAGGGUGUGGCGUCUGAGGGGAACAUUUGACCUGCUUUCCAAAGGCUUUUCCUUCAAAGAUGCAGCAUUCUAGGCAUGGGCCGGUAGGAUUGUCUUACUUUAAAGUAAAACUACUAUACUGUUUAUCUCAAAACAUUAAACAAAAUAACAGCAUAAUUAUUAAAGUUAUUCAUUUUGCUGCAGCUAAAAUCUUAUAUUUAUAGUUUCUACUCUUUCAGCGAUAAUUCCAAUCCAUGUUGGAGUCCUGAAAUAUUCCUCAGAAAUUAAACUAAAUAACCUCAAUCCAAUUUCUGCCAUAAAAAUUACAGGAUUUAUAAUCAAUUCCUACCAAAUAAAUAAUUUCUAUACCAUCUUUAGAAAAGUCCGGAAUAGGGCUGAAACUAUUAAUCGGAUUAAUGUUGAUUAAUCAAUUAUUGAAAUAGUCAACUGUUUUCUGUAUCGAUUAAUCAUUAACUGGAAUGCAGAGGCUGUAACUCAUGCCUUUAGCAGACAGAGUAAUCCACUUAGAGCAGUAAUUAUAUUAAAAUUGUAAUUUAAUAUGUAAACAUUUA